AUGUCACUUCCGGAAGACGUCAUGGUUGACAUCAUAGCGCGUGUAAGGAGAUGCGACUAUCCAAAUCUCUCCCUCGUUUCUAAGCACUUUCGGUCACUUGUUGCGUCGCCUGAGCUAUACGCGAGACGGUCCUUGUUGGGCUUCACCGAACACUGUCUCUAUGUUAACGUUAACCUCUAUAACAGCGAAACCUGUGACCGUGACGACCGUUUGUAUAUUCUCGGCCGGAAAAUAAACCGCCAUCUCCGCUUGGGUCUUGUCCCUUCGCUUCCCGCAAUGCCUACGAAUGGAAAGUACGUCGCCGUGGGCUCGAAGAUAUAUGUGUUUGGUUGGACUUGGAAUUAUAAACAUCACAAUACGAGCUCGACUGCCUUAAGCAUCGAUUGUAGAUCUCACACGGUGCAACCCCUCCCGAGCAUGCCCAUAAACUUGACUGCUGCAGUGGCUGACUUCAUCGAUGGGAAAAUUUAUGUACUUGGAUCAGUCGAAUAUGACUCGAACAAGGUUAAGAUGAACAUGGUUAAGAUGAAGAUGGUUAAGAUGGUGGUGUUCAAUACAGAAACACAAAUGUGGGAGAAAAAGAUCAUAAAGCCAGACGUUGAGAUAGAUCUCAGGUGGCCUAGUAACGUGGUGGUGAUGGCUGAUAAGAUGUAUGUGAGAGGUACUGAUAAAACCUUUUUUUACGAGCCAAAUGAUAGUAAAUGGGGAACCGACGAGAUGCUGAAUUCAAAGAGGUGGGAGAAUGCUCUUGUGGUCGAUGACGUAAUGUACUAUUACGAUAAUAAUGAGAAAAAGUUAAGAACGUAUGAUCCAAAGAAGAGGUGUUGGGGAGUGGUUAAUGGUUUGGAAUACUUGUUUGCUGGGACGACAGAUUCGUUGUGGUCACAGAAUGCAAGUUACGGUGGGAAACUGCAGGUUUAG